AAAAAAUCAAGACGUCCAGGCAAGUGUACUCGAAGCUAUAGCUGCUGUUUGUGUCUUCACAGAUAUCUAAUCGGCAACGCUAUUACGACACUAGCAAACAGUCUGUUUAAACCAUUCAUGUCGCCUAAGACAACAUUUUGGUUGGAUUGCAGUCAACUCAACCAUCUGCCACAUCCUCCAGUCAACGUGACUAUUCAAUGUGUCAAGACUGGAGGAGUUGUGACAAUUUAUCCUGGACGCGGACAACGAGGAGAUGUGGAAUACGGGCCUUUUGGAUUUGUUUGUAAACCAUACAAUAAAGGAAUGCGUAACUGCUCUCAAUGUCCCUCGGGAAGUUACACCUUUAAUUAUCAAACAUACCACGGACCAAUAGCUAAAUGCACUAAAUGCCCAGCUGGCGGAUUUUAUCAAGAUGAAGCAGGAAGAAGAAGCUGCAAGCUAUGCGUGAACGGCACAUACGUGUCACCCCAACACAAUCCAGGCACGAACCCUCUAGACUGCUCGGUUUGCCCAACCGGGACAAACACCACAGUGCAGGCAGGUCACAGAGCCUGUCCGUGUCUCGAAGGUUAUUACAGACUACAACGAUUCGGUCCUUGUAGAGCCUGCAAUGCCACCGACCCCGGAUUUGCUUGUACAAAUGACUACCUUAAUGUGAGAUCUGGAUAUUGGUGGCAAUGGAACCACACUAGCCGUGGGCAACAGCAAUAUGUAGAAUUCACUAGAGAUAUCGACUUAGCAAAGGACACUGUCAACUAUGAUCAAACAAAAGUCAACUUUACUCAAGAACUGCCGCUAGUUUAUCGUUGUCCAGUGUCUGCCAGCUGCCAAGGUGGUGUUACAAAUGAGGAAAUGUGUUCGCAAGGGUAUAAGGGGCCUCUAUGUUCGCUCUGCUCCGACGGAUACUUUUCCUGGUUCAACACAUGCCAGCAUUGUCCUGCAUUAUGGCGAAGCAUUUUACAGAUUUUGUUCAUUGUCCUGCUCGUUAUUGCAUUCUUUGUUGCUCUUUUCAUGGCAGACAAACUGCGAAUGACCGGUGUUACUACUGUUGUGGACCAAAUCGCUUCCAAAGCAAAGAUUAUUGUAGGUUUCGUACAAGUCAUGUCUGGAGUUUUGUCCGCCCUAUCAUAUGUUCCCUGGCCAAAGGUCCUACUUGCGGUGGGUAGUUGGGUAAAGAACAUAGAACUGCAAGUGGUAGAAAUGGCCAAUCCGACGUGCAUCAACUACCAAUUACGAUUCAAUUCGUUGCAAAAGACAGUAGCCAACAUAUGCGUGCAGUUCAUUGUCAUACUCGCUAUCGUCGUCUACUACUAUGUUCGAUAUCGCAUUCUUCCCUACUGGUGGGAAACAUUGCGUCCACAGCCAAGCACUCUUUCACUGGCCAGACGAUCGUGUCUGCGCAACAGCUGGUGGAUCAUGUUUCUCUGCUAUCCAUCUACUACUGCCAAUAUCAUGGCCACAUUGCCAUAUAAACCUUGGACAUGUAUAAAACUUUGCCUUUACAACACUCAGCAGGAUUGUUCAUGGUAUUUGAAAACCGACAUGAGCAUUCGGUGCAAUUUCAAUAGAGAUGAUCCUAACAGAGUUCUCUUUAUCAUCUCUUGGGUUUGCACAUUCUAUGUCAUCUCUUUACCUUUUAUUCUUCUAUGGGGUCUGUACAAGCGACAUCGUAAAGCUGUGGGAAACGUUGAUCCUACUGAAGAUGAGCAGUUUGUAUCUUUGCGUGACAGAAGAAAUUGCGUUGGCCACGAUCUCCUUCAGUCGAUCGAAUUUCUGGACGAGAACUACGAGGCAAAGUUCUGGUUUUGGGAAUUAUUGGAGAUCUCAAGGAAAUUUCUCCUCAUUUGUGCUAUCGAAUACUUUGGUAGCAAUAGUUUGUCUGGUGUCGCAAUCGCAGCUCUGAUUGCUAACCUCUUCUUGUUAUUUCACGCCCAAUUCAAGCCCAUCAAGAGAAAAUCUGAGCACUGGCUGCAACUUCUCUCUUUGCUCGUCAUUUCUCUGAGUCUCAUGUUGGGCACGCUGAUAACUCUUGAAGAAGCCACGUCAGACGAACUCUCUACAUCGAACGAUGACGACAGACUUGUUUUCUCAAUUAUAUUGCAAUUGAUACAUGCUGCCUUUGUGAUCUAUCUGAUCGGUCGCUUGGUGCGUUCUGUCUAUGCUGCUGUUAAGAAGGUUCGUUCUACCAACAGUCCUUGCAAGAUUGUCAACUUUUUUAUUUAUCUCUUCACCGAAGAAGAUCCUAAACAUCACGAGAGCUCGAUUCAAAACGAAAAUAAUUUGCCAAGCCUAGUUGGUGAUGAGACAACAGAAGAAUGAGGACAAUAACACACAGUUAGUUGAGGCAGAAGCCAUCUACAUUGAUGUAGCAAUUAGAAGUAACGAAAAUUGCCACUAAUUAGACUUCGUGCUGAAUGAAUUUAAGCAAUUCAAAGUA